UCCGUCGCCGGCUCGCUCCCUCCCCCCGGCCGGCUCGGCGCUGACUCCGCCGCACGCUGCAGCCGCGGCUGGAAGAUGGCGGGGAACGACUGCGGCGCGCUGCUGGACGAAGAGCUCUCCUCCUUCUUCCUCAACUAUCUCGCCGACACGCAGGGUGUGGGGUCCGAGGAGGAGCAACUCUGCGCCGACUUUCCAGAGCUUGACCUCUCCCAGCUGGAUGUCAGCGACUUCGACUCAGCCACCUGCUUCGAGGAGCUGCAGUGGUGCCCCGAGAGCUCCGACACUGAGCCCAGCCACUACAGCCCCGACGACUCGGAGCUUUUCCAGAUAAUCGACAGUGAGAAUGAGGCCCUCCUGGCAGCGCUCACCAAGACCCUGGAUGACAUCCCUGAAGAUGAUGUGGGUCUGGCUGCCUUCCCAGCCCUGGACGGUGGAGACACACCAUCCUGCACUUCAGUUUCUCCUGCCCCCUCGUCUACGCCCCCCAGCCCCUCCCUGGAGAGCCCCCCUGCCAGGGCCCCUGAGGUGGAUGAGCUCUCGCUGCUGCAGAAGCUCCUGCUUGCCACGUCCUACCCAGCGUCCGGCUCCGACUCCCAGAAGGAAGGGGCCGCCUGGCGCCGGGCCGGCCUGAGGUCCAAGAGUCAGCGGCCUUGUGUCAAGGUGGACAGCACCCAAGAAAAGAAGGGCCCCACGGCGCAGCCUCAGAGCCGGAGUUGUUCGGAACUGCAUAAGCACCUCACCUCGGUGCCAUCCUGCCUCCAGGCGAAAGCCCACUCCCCAGAGAGGGGCCUGCAGCCACCAGCCCCCCUGCCUCCCCGGCUCCCCGCCAAGGAGGAUGAGGAGCCGGGCAAGGACUGCCCGAGCCCCCAGCCCGCGCCAGCCUCUCCCUGGGACUCCCCGGCGCAGGGCAGGGCGGGCCCCGGCGCCCAGGUUUCCCCGGAGGACAUGCAGGCCGUGCUGCAGCUUAUUCGCUACAUGCACCCCUACUGCCUCCCCCAGAGGAAGCUGCCCACACAGGCCUCAGAGCCCGCCCCUCCGCCCUGCGCCAACCCCUCCAGGCAGGUCAGACCCUGGGCCCGGUCCCCGCACCCUUCCAAAGCCACGUGGGCUGAGUUUUCCAUCCUGAGGGAACUUCUGGCGCAAGAUGUCCUCUGUGAUGUCAGCAAACCCUACCGCCUGGCCACGCCUGUCUACGCCUCCCUCAGGCCCCAGCACAGGCCCAAAGACGGUCAGGCCUCCCCUGGCCGCCCGUGUCCCGUGGAGGAGGUGAGGGUCGCGGCUUCACCCAAGAGCACCGGGCCCGGUCGCAGCCUGCGCCCACUGCGGCUGGAGGUGAAAGGUCAUGUCAGCCGGUUGGCUAGGCUGCAGCAGGAGGAGGAAGAGGAAGAGGAGGAGGAGGAGGAAGAGAAAGAAGAGGAGGAGGAGGAGGAAGAAUGGGGCUGGAAAAGGCCGGGCAGAGGCCUGCCGUGGACCAAGCUGGGGAGGAAGCUGGAGAGCUCGGUGUGCCCCGUGCGGCGUUCCAGGAGACUGAACCCGGAGCUGGGCCCCUGGCUGACGUUCACCGAUGAGUCGCUGGGCCCCUCAGAGCCCCAAGGAGGAGGAGCUCUGCCCUCGCUGAGCCUGGCUCCCGAGGCCUAUGACACGGAGGGGGAGCAGGGCAGCCCCACGGACGAGGAUAGUGGCCAAGCCCAGCAGCAACCCCGGGGACCCCAGAUCCCGGCUCUGGAGAGCCCCUGUGAGAGUGGGUGUGGGGACACGGAUGAGGACCCCAGCUGCCCGCGGCUCCCUUCCAGAGACUCUUCCAGGUGCCUCAUGCUGAGCUUGUCAGAAAGUGACCCUCCUUUUGGCAAGAAGAGUUUUGAGCAGACCUUGACAGUGGAACUCUGUGGCACGGCAGGACUCACCCCACCCACCACCCCUCCGUACAAGCCCACAGAGGAGGACCCCUUCAAGCCGGACAUCAAGCACAGCCCAGGCCAAGACAUAGCUCCCCGGCUCCCCACCCCGGAGGGCCUCCAGCUCAGGGCGGCCACAAGGGCGGCCCACAAGCUGCCGAAGCAGCACCCGGAGCGGAGCGAGCUCCUGUCCCACCUGCGGCAUGCCACCGCCCAGCCCGCCUCCCAGGCCGGCCAGAAGCGCCCCUUCUCCUGUUCCUUUGGAGACCAUGACUACUGCCAGGUGCUCAAGCCCGAGGGUGCCCUGCAGAGGAAGGUGCUGAGGUCCUGGGAGCCAUCUGGGGUCCACCUUGAGGACCGGCCCCAGCAGGGUGCCCUGCAGGCCGAGGCGCAGGCCUCGGGCUGGGAGGAGCACGGAAGCGGUGACGCAGGCGCACCCCCCAAGGACAGUCUGCUGCUGAGAGACCACGAGAUCCGCGCCAGCCUCACCAAGCACUUUGGGCUCCUGGAGACCGCCCUGGAGGACGAAGACCUGGCCUUGUGCAAGAGCCCCGAAUACGACACUGUUUUUGAGGACAGCAGCAGCAGCAGUGGCGAGAGCAGCUUCCUCCUGGAGGAGGAGGAGGAGGAGGAGGAGGACAAUGACGACGACUCCGGGGUCAGCCCCCCUCGCUCUGACUACUGCCCCUACCAGAGCCCACCGAGCAAGGCCAGCCGGCAGCUCUGUUCCCGCAGCCGCUCCAGCUCUGGCUCCUCCUGCCGCUCCCGGUCACCAGCCAUGCGCAGGACCUUCAGAUGUGAGAGCAGAGGGCCGUGUUCAGACGGAACGCCAAGCGUCCGGCAUGCCAGGAAGCGGCGGGAAAAGGCUAUUGGCGAAGGCCGGGUGGUGUAUGUUCGAAAUCUCUCCAGCGACAUGAGCUCCCACGAGCUGAAGAGGCGCUUCGAAGUGUUUGGUGAGAUUGUGGAGUGCCAGGUGCUGACGAGAAGCAAGAGAGGCGAGAAGUACGGCUUCAUCACCUACCGGUGUUCCGAGCACGCGGCCCUCUCCCUGAGGAACGGCGCCGCCCUGCGGAAGCACAAUGAGCCCUCGUUCCGGCUGAGCUGUGGGGGGCUCCGGGACUUCUGCUGGCCCAGGUACACUGACUACGAUUCCAAUUCCGAAGAGGCCCUUCGCGCGUCAGUGAAAAGCAAGUACGAAGCCAUGGAUUUUGACAGCUUACUGAGGGAGGCCCAGCAGUGCCUGCACUGAUCACAGCCUUAACCUUCGAGGAACACCUCAAUACCUCAGACAAGGCCCUUCCAAUAUGUUUACGCUUUCAGAGAAAAUAAGUAUAUGAGAAGGAGAGCGAGCGUGCGCAUGAGAGAGUACGAGAGAGAGAGAAAGAGAGAGAGAGAGAGAGACUUGAAACUGCUGUCCUUUUAAAAAAAAAAAUCAAUGUUUACAUUGAACAAAGCUGCUUCUGUCUGUGAGUUUCCAUGGUGUUGACGUUCCACUGCCACAUUAGUGUCCUCGCUUGCGACGGGUUGUCCCGGGUGCGUCUCCAAGUGCUGGGUCAGUCACCCACCUCCCCUUCCCACCCCCCCCCCCCCCACCGACUUCCCCUCGUAGACGUGCAGCCGUAUUCACCAUAGCAUCUCUUGUCUGUAGCGUGUGAUGACGAAAUUGUUACUUGUGAAUAGAAUCAGGAUUAUAAACUCAUUUUUAAUUGAAGAAAAAGUAUAUCCUUAAAAUAAUGUAUUUAUGGCUCAGAUGUCCUGUGCCUGGGGUUAUUGUAUCGCUUCCUUGAUUUUUUAACUAUGCACUGUCGUGAGGUGUUUGCCACUGAGCUGCGCUGCUCCCUCUGCCAGGAUGCCCCGCAGGUGCUGGGGGGCUAGGGAAGUGCGGCCUGUGGCCCCAAAGAGCGGUUUCUGGGCCGGACCUGCCCAGCCCUGCCCUGUCUCUCGUUGAGCGAGUUUGGGUCCGAUGGCAGUCAGAGCCCUCCUCCGGUGCCCAGCUCAGGCUCAGAGUGUCUGCCUGGCCAUGAGUCCUCAGAUCCUCAGGAGGAAGGCAGCUCCCCAAGAGGUGAAAUGACGUGCCCGAGGCCCCACGGGCAGAGCGGGGACCCAGCCCAGACUUCCUGCUUCCUGGUCCCAUGCUGCCACCGUAGCUGGGGUAAAGGUGCAAAGUUUCAGGGCUGCGAGAGGUGAGGUCAGCUAAAUUGGGCAACAAACUAGAAACCUCCAGGCUCAUCACGGGAGUUAUGUCAACAGCGGAUUCGGCAGCAUUGGGUGCGUUCAAGCUGUGGCGUGCGUUUUGAUCCAGGGGUCCUGCGGUUUGCCUGCUCCCGUGGGCAUGCAUCAGAGCUUCAGUGACACGCCCGGAGCGUCCAGGACAGGUAGUCUGGGAGCAGUCACCCUCUCUGGACCAGUCGCCGCCCCGUCUUACUCCCUCCAGCUGGUCGUUCCUUUCCCUCAGCUGUGAAGUUGUUUGGGUGGCAUGGGACAGGGAAGCAGGAAGAGGGUUGGGGACGGAUGAAACAACCUCCCAGCUCCUUUCCCACUUAGGAAACAUGCUGAUUGGGCUUUACUUUAAAUUUUGUGUUCUCGGGUGACGUCAGAGCCACGUCGGGUGGGGUGUUCCGCAGGUGCCUUGGGGGCAUUCGUGAGGGAGAGCAUGGCCGGGCAGGGGCUGAGCACGUGGCUGCUGCUUCAGAAAGAGCAGCUCCCACUGGAUCCCUUUCCGACACCAGUGUUCCUUGGUACAUUUUCACUUUGAAAAAGAAAAGAAAACAGGUCCUGCUGCUUCAACAAAGUUUGAAAUUGACUCAUUAAACUAAAUAAGCUAAGUUAGUCCAUUGCUAACGCCAGGCCUUGCAGAAUGGAUAGUUGGCGGUUGUUUUUUUAAGGUUUUCAAAUACCUUAGUAGGUGAGCUGAGCCAAUGAGCUUGUCCUGGGUGGUGAGCAGACGCCAGGCCCGCAGGGAAGGCUGGAGGAGGCAGGCUUUAGAAGGAAGAGGGAAUCUGAGCUCCUGCAUGAUGAGUCACUUGAUCUCUCUGGGCCCCAAUUUCCUUUUCUGUGGAAUAGACUGGGGAGGAAUUAGGCAAGGUGAUCUCCAAGGUCCCUGCCAGCUCGACAGUCUUAGCUUCUGCAGUGUCUAGCUCAAGAUGUGUGCCACUACAGCCACAUGCUUGGCCAGUGGCAGACAUAACUAAUUGACCACAGCACUGAAGUUCUUUGAACCUGAUUGUGCUAUGAGAAUCUUCCUCUCAGAGCUCUGGGCAGACAUUACUAACUGAUCAGAGUUUAACCUAUUUGACAUCUUGGUCUAAUCGUCUUAAAGGUUAUGGUGGCUGGGUUUCAUGCUGGCCCAUUCCUGUCAAUCAUGUCCUGACCUAUGAGAGGAAAUUUCCCUGAAGCCAUUACUUGGCACAGGACUCCCGAUAUUACUGUGACACAUAACUUGGGGGGGUGGGGGGUGGAGACUGGACAAGCCGGUGUGAACCUGUUUUGGGGAGGCAGGGCUUAUGAGGAUGGACCAAAUAAAGGGACUUCCCGCAGCACAGACCCGAACAUCCUAAAUUCCUUUUAUAGCUACUCACUGCCUAGCACACAGUAGGCACAGAAGAAAUGGCUAUGGAAUGGAAUUUAAAGCCGUCUGCUGCCUCCUGCGUCCUCUUUUGCACCAAGGAGGGCCUUGAGAUUUCACCCUGUGGUAGCCAGUAGGACUAGGCCAUCUCUAAGCCCUUCCGAUGGGCUUCUCCCGCCAUUGCACUAGGCCAGAGGUUCUAGCAUGGGCAGGUGGUACUUGAGGGUAAAGAAACGCAGAUUGAGUGAAGGACAAGCCUCUCCCCUCCGCCAGGCCAGCUGAUGCCGUCCUUUCACUUCAGAUGAACACGGGGCUCUUGAAGUGACUGAAACUUGGCCCUUGAGCAGAGCAGAGAUCUGAGCGUGGCAGGGGGGCGCGAUGUGCCUGAGGUCAGAGCUGGGGGCCGCUGAUGGGAGAGGAAGCCUGCCAAGGACACCCCGCAGUUUCUGCUCACCGUCCUCUCCAUAAAAGGCCACAGGUUCUAAAGCUGACGGGCCCUGCAGACCUCCUGUGUCCAGAAGACUCGUUUGGUGCUGCGCAUCACCAAGGAGACUCAAGGUCUCUUCAGAAGAACUAGUCCACCUCGGGCUCUUUCCCACCAACUUAAGGAGUCGCCCAGAGGGAGCAGCUGCCAUUGGCAACCAUCUCGUUGUAGCUCUGUCCUAGUGUUUGCUCUCGAUGAUGUUUACAUGUGAUUGCCAUACAGCUUCCUGUAGACUGUGUCAGUAGCCGCCCACGCCGGGCAGGUUGUACUGUCCAUCUCUGUGCCGUGCUGAUGUUUUCCAAAAAUAUCCGAUCCAACCGCUAAGUGGAAUUCUUCCAUCUCCUUCCUCAGUCGGUACAAGGCUGAAUCAGAGUCCUCGCUCUCGGGGGCUCUGGUUACCGAAGGAAAAUGCAUCAAAGAGGUAAAGAAUAUGAGUGGAUGGAGUGUAGCUAAGGCCCCCACCCCCUGGCCCCUUCACACCUUGUCCCCCUAAUCAGAAAACGGCUUGGAGUCUAAAAGCACCAUUUGGGUGUCUGCAUCUACCGUGAGAUCUGGCAGCGUUGCCUGUGGGACACGCUCAGGAGAGAGGCAGGGCUCCGGGGGCGGGAGGAGGAAGGGAGGAAUGCUCUGAGCUCAACGAUACAAUACCCACGUCCUGAUGUGGGAAGACAUGAUGCAAUAAGAAGCUUCCAUCGCCCACAGCCUAUGCGCCUAGAUCAGCGGUUCUCAACCUGUGGGUCGCAACCCUUUUGGGGGUCGAACGACCCUUUCACAGGGGUCACCUAAGACCGUCGGAAAACACAUAUAUAAUUACAUAUUGGUUUUGUGAUUAAUCACUAUGCUUUAAUUAUGUUCAAUUUAUAACAAUGAAAUUGGGGGUCACCACAACAUGAGGAACUGUAUUAAAGGGUCGCGGCAUUAGGAAGGUUGAGGACCACUGGCCUAGAUGUUCUGACAGCGAUUUCUUCUAGGCGUGUGCAAUGCUCGUGCCCAGGCCGCUGUGCAGGGGGGGCGUGGGGGGAGCAGGGAGGACACUGGCAGCAAGAUUCUUAUGCCUGGACAGGUCAGACCCCACCCUGGGCUCAGGCUCAGUUGAAAUCACAGCUGAGCCUGCAGCUCGAGAGAUGGGUCCUGCCCACUGUGAAGCAGAAGCCACCCCCAGAGGGUCUGUCGAUCUGACUCACUUCACGUCAAAACCGCGGUGGUUUUCUUAGCACUUGCGAUUUAGCGGUCACCUUCAGAUAUGAUCGAGGAAGGAAAUUGGAUGUACAGUCGCAAAUAACGUGAACCUGAUGGUUUCAUAGGCCAAAGAAGAGGGACCCCCUCGUCCCUUCCCGCUGGGGCGAAAGGAAACCGCUUAGUACUUCCGUGCAAUAUGUUCAAGCUGGUCCCAAGUCCCUGAGGCAUUUGCACACACAGAUGGGUUCCAGGGCUGUCUGCCAACGCCGGAGGCACAGGGUAAAGGGAGGGAGAGCUUGGGAGCAGGGAAACCCACUUGCACAGAGAUGCCCUUGGCCCAAAACAAGGCGGGGAGGAGAGCCCUUGGGAACCUGCUGCACGAUGCGCAGGCAGUAGGCAGGGGCUGACUUUGCAUUGACCCAAUAAAAGCACUUUGAGAAAACCACAGCACUUCAGCCUGGCUCCAUAUGUCUACACUGGCAAAUAUGGGUCGCCUCUGGCUGUGUGAGGUACCGGGGCAGGGCCUUGGGAAGGGGGCUGGUGUGAGGGAGGAGAGAGGGGAGGGAGAUACCUCUGAGACAUCAGCGGCAGGAGAGCCAAUCCUAGGGCUAGCCCUUUGCCGGCCUCUUUGCUGGAGGCCCUAGAAACGGGGAACCGUGAGUUUAGAUCUCAGUACCUUUUUGUUCUUUAAAUUAAAAACAGCCCAGCUGAUUGAAAUGGAUUUGAAGACCAAGUCAUUUAACUAUAAGCCAUCUCAGACUGAGAAAGUCGAUGUUUCUCCCCAGCUCUGUGAUCCUGGGCCUCUGUGAUCCUUAGUCCAACAUAGGAGAAUAUUGGAUGAGCGCUGAAGUUCAUCCAAUAAGCUCCAAGUCCCUUCUCUGGCUGUGCCCAGCUCAUGUUGAGGGUCACGUUCUCUGCCAGGGAACGGACCAGCAGCAGUUUCAAACACACACGGUCCUGGCAAACCUGCCUCAUCCCCGGAGGCCGGCUCCCCAGGACAGACCUAAGCCAUAGUUUCUGGUGGGGAGGGUGGGGAGUCACACCCCAGCGUGGCUAGGUGGCGAUGUUGAAUCUCACAUUAGCCUCGUCAUCAUCCCCACCAAGCAGCUCUUAACCUGAAUGUUCUGACCACUUGGCUGUUUCUCUCUUGCUCUCAGACAAUACUAGCAAUACACUUUUUUUUUUUUUUCCAAAACAGCUUAACGGAGGCAUUUUUCACACAUUUUUUUUCAAAUGAUUGUAAAACAUACGGGGCAACAGGAGGCCUCGAUCACACUGCGUAUGUUCCAGGCAGCUUUUGUUUCUUGUUUCCUUACUGGUAUUGCAGCGGUGGCUGGAGCUCCGUGAUUUGGAGGGGCAGAUUAUCAGAUAUUCUGCCUCAUCAGAACCCUUUGCACACCUGGAAGCAGCUCAGAGACCCAACGGCCCGAAUCGGGAGCUGGGAAAAAUCGUUUUGUAGGUGGUCAGCCCCGGGCUGGGCAGCCGCACCUCAGAGAGGUGUUUAUCUAGCCAGAAGUCCCUCUGUGCUGUAUUUUUCUUGUCAAAGGAUCCUUCCAGGAAGCCUCAUAAAACCUUUUCCACGUUGCUGGCCUUGCUCUGGGUGAUGUUUGAAGGGAUUGGUUCGCUUCCACUUAGCACUUUGCCUUAUCAACGUCUAGUCGCCAUCUAGUGGCCGAAGACUGUAUCCACCAGCUACCCAGAUGGAAGGCAAAUAAAUCCUUUCUGCCACUUUGCUGUCCAGCCCCCAACUUGGGAAUGACAUGUAAUGUCAUGAGUGAACUGUCUGUAAUAUUUAGAGCCCAGCGAACACUGCUCAGGAGACUUAAGCAACCACAGAGAUGCACGCAGACCGAGCAGCAUCCUAGCUCUCCUGUGGGCAGAGGAGGGGGCCCCUGUGUCCAGGUGCCCGGGAGGGGUGUGCUGGAACUGCACCAGUGGCCGCCCAGCUGCUGACCUUAAGUGAGCCCGCACUGUCCCCUCGGGACAAGCACCGAGAUUGGGUGUCAGGAUUCUGUGUGGGGGCUGCCAUGGCCUUUGAUAGGGUCCACCGAAUAGCCAAACAGUUUAUAUACUUUCGUCGUUAGUUUUUGUUUCUGUAUUUUGUAUUUAAAAGUCUUAAGUGUUUUUUGCGUUAGGAAUAAAAAGUCAUAAACUAUCCCCAGCUUAGUUUCCCGAGCGACGCUCCGAUUCCGAGGGAAACGGGUUGGAAAUCUAUCUCAAGGGGCGUGUGGUCAGGCAGGCCGGUGGGACAGGGAGGUGGACCACUUUGCUCUCCAGGUGGCUUCUGGGGGCAGUGACCAUCCAGAAGUCCGGCUCAGUGCAAUCUGCUCUGGAAAGUCACAGCCACCCCCUUCACCUCCUUGUGCCACGGUCUUAGCUUUGGCUUUGAGCAUCUGCUUCUUCCAGGGGCAGCUGCUAGUGUGGAAACCAACAUCCGAUCUCUCCCCCCAACCCCAGGUUUCUAGAGAGACAGUAUUUGUAGCUAGCCUUAAUCCACUGGGCAAGGUGGUCCCUAUGUUCCAAGCAUUUCCAAAUCUUGGACUCAAAUCCUUUUCUCUUGGUGUGAUUAUGCAGCCUGCCCUAGAGAAUUCUGAGCAAUAGGAAGCCAGGGCUUUCCCCGGCUCCGAGACAGGGUCAAACCAGGGAAUGGCUAACCUUGUGAGGUGUGGGUAUCCCCAGGGGUACUCCAUAGGGGGCAUUAUUUAUUAGGAAGCUCAACAAGGUAACUACAGCCUGGGGUGCGUGAGUGCAAGGCUGUGUGUGUGCGUGCGUGUGUGUGUGUCUGUGUGUGCGUGCACCCGCAUGCCUGUCUGUGUGUAUGUGUAUGUGUGGAAUUACAUUGAUGCAUUUCUUGAGAAAGGUGCAAGAAUUUCACCUACACAGAGGGACACAUCGCUUUGUUAUUUAUAAUAGUAAGCUAAAUUUUAAUUUUUUAAAGGACACUGCUAAUGAUUGGGAAUCUCGAGUUUUUAGUUUUGCUAUUUUUUUUUAAUUGGUAGAGGAUUUUUAUAUAUUUUUUUCCAUUUUGUUGGGUUGUGUCCUUAUUUAUAUAAAUACUUUAUCCGUAAGAGGCAAGGAAGAAGCCUUCUUUGCUUUUAAUUCUCGUGGUCGUCACCGUCCGUACUUUAUUUCUGGCGUGAUUCAUCCGUCUUACCUUCUAAAUGAGAAAAUGUUUUCCUGUCUUUGUACAUUGUCAGAUUCUAUAGUUUCAUAGAUAAUUUAACCAGAUUGCUCUAUGUAUUACUAUUCUGUGAGUAUAAAGUUCUAUUUUAACGUCUGUAAAUACUUCAGAACUGGCUUCUUUUCUGACUCCCACCGUGGAGUUAUUGUUUACAUCACAGAAACUGUAGAAUCUCUAUGCUCAUGUACUGUAAAUAGUGACGUGAUCUGCUUAUAAAUAAACUUAACAAAUACACUAUGGAGAUUAAAAAGGAAAUACCACCCACC